UUCUCUGUGAUGUCAUCACGUUUAUCGCAAGAGCAGAAAGUUGAACGCGGUUUCAUCUUCGUCCUCCCUUCACCACUACUGCUACUACUGCUCACUGCUUCUCACACACACACACACAGAUACAUACAGAUUUUAUAACUCAUAUCUCAUCAGUCCUGCUUACUCUCAAUCCACAUUUCACGCACUUACACGCUAAAGCUCAGAUCUUUCUCACUUUCCUACUCCACUCUAAAACCCUAACACUCUACUCAGUCUCAGAUCUAUGCAUACACCCACGUAUAUCUCUCUGUCUAUAUGUAUAUGUUACAUUUGCAGACUUAGAACUAUGCAUUUGUAGUGUAUAUUACUAAAAAUGGCAAGCUCCGACCCGAGUAAGAGGCCUCGACCCGGGCAACCUGAUUCUACUGCAAUGCCACCGUCUUCCUGGGCCAAACGCACCGGAUUUCGACCCAAAUUCUCUGGAGAGACUAAUGCCAGUGACUCUGGCCAAAUUACAUCUCUACCUCAAGUUCAAUCCAAGCCCAAGGAACCCAACCCUAACAUUGACCUUGAGGCUGGCAGACCGAAGCCCAGCCCGGCAAAACCUCCCCUACCGACAUCCAAUGGGGAGCCUGGGGCUGUGAAUACCCCAGGGGAUAAGGAGAAGGAGCAGACGCCGCCGGUGAGGAAGCGGAAGGACUCGGAUGGAGGCGGGAAUUUUGGGGCGAAUGGGCAGCCGCCGGUGGCAGGAGAGGGGAGUAGGAGGGCCUUGAGGGAUGAAGCAGCAGCUGCCCCGGUUGAUGUGCUGCCACAGACGGCGCUGGAUGACGAUGGGUUUGUCUCGAGGCAUGCACAUAUGAAGUAUGAGCUCAGAGAUACUCCUGGUCUUGUCCCCAUUGGUCUGUACGGAUUGCAACAUUAUCUUUCCAUGUUGGGUUCGUUGAUACUAAUUCCUCUUGUGAUUGUUCCAGCAAUGGGUGGUACCUAUGAGGAUACAGCAAAUGUGGUUUCCACUGUGCUAUUUGUGUCGGGACUGACAACACUUUUGCACACUUCAUUUGGAUCAAGAUUGCCUCUAAUACAGGGCCCUUCCUUUGUUUAUCUUGCUCCUGCACUUGCAAUAAUAAACUCUUCCGAGUUUUUGGGACUAAAUGACAAUACUUUCAAGCAUAUAAUGAAAGAGCUACAGGGGGCAAUAAUUAUUGGUUCAACUUUUCAAGCCUUCCUGGGAUACAGUGGAUUAAUGGCAUUGCUGUUAAGGUUAAUUAAUCCUGUGAUUGUGGCCCCUACCAUUGCUGCUGUUGGACUUUCAUUUUACAGCUAUGGUUUCCCACGAGUUGGUACCUGCAUUGAAAUUGGUGUAGUUCAGAUAUUAUUAGUUGUUCUUUUUUCUCUUUAUCUUCGUAAAAUAUCGGUGUUGGGUCACCGUGUAUUUCUGAUUUAUGCAGUUCCACUGGGUCUUGCCAUUACAUGGGCGGCAGCUUUCCUUCUGACUGAAGCUGGAGCAUAUAGCUACAAAGAUUGUGAUGUGAAUGUGCCAGCGUCAAAUAUAAUGUCUAACCACUGCAGAAAGCACGUUUCAAGAAUGAAGCAAUGUCGAGUUGAUACUUCUCAUGCAUUGAGAUCUUCUCCAUGGUUUAGAUUUCCUUAUCCACUGCAAUGGGGCACACCUGUCUUCAACUGGAAGAUGGCGCUCGUAAUGUGUGUGGUGUCAGUAAUCUCUUCAGUAGAUUCAGUGAGUCCUGGCUUGAUCUGCUCUUGUUGGUUUAUAUUGCCAUUGGAUAUUCCAAUUGCUUGGGGAGGGACCAAUUAUAAUUUUACAAGAAUUUGUCCUGAAAGUUCUUUAUAUCUCAUGCAGCUCAACUAUGUUCUGAAUACAUUGUUGUCUCUUCACAUGGUGAUUGCAUUCCUAGUAGCCGUCAUCCUUGACAACACAGUACCAGGCAGCAGACAGGAACGUGGGGUGUAUGUGUGGUCCGAACCUGAUACAGCAAGAAGGGAGCCUGCUGUAACUAAAGACUAUGAGUUGCCUUUAAGAGUUAGCAAAGUUUUCAGAUGGGUAAAAUGGGUCGGACUUUAGGCUUUAAACGUUUUGAUUUUGUUUUAGCCAAUAUCGAAGUUUUCGUGCUCGUUGGAAGCCAUUUACUGGGACGGGGAAAUCGUCUGAUAAAAAAGAAAGCAUCUCAGGUUCGUGUACCGCUGCGUAAACCCGUUUUGCUUACACGAUGCGACUUCACCAGCAUUGCAUCACUGAGGUGAGCUGUUGAUGUAGACUUCAUGGGAGUUGUCUUUGUAGAGAUGAGCUGUUGGUGUAUAUUAAAGAUUUUUUUGUAACCUUUCUUCUUUUUCUUUGGUGGGUGGUGGGUGGGGUUGGAUUCUCUCUGUAAUUUUGAGUUGAAAAUGGCAAGACUUUUCUCUCCUGUUUUUCUUAUCCAAGUUGCAUUUUUUAGACUGAAAGCUCA